GCCAUGGUCGCUUGUUAUCCAGGGAAUGGGGCAGGGUACGUGCGUCAUGUUGAUAACCCGAACGGUGAUGGACGCUGCAUCACAUGCAUCUACUAUCUUAACAAGAACUGGGAUGUUAAGACACAUGGAGGCCUGUUGCAGAUCUACCCUGAAGGCAAGAACGUGGUGGCCAACAUCGAGCCUCUGUUUGACAGGCUGCUCAUCUUCUGGUCUGAUCGCAGAAACCCACAUGAAGUCAAGCCAUCUUACGCCACUCGGUAUGCCAUCACAGUCUGGUACUUUGAUGCCAAAGAGAGGUCAGAGGCUAAAGAGAAGUACAAACUCGCUACAGGACAGAAGGGCAUUCAGGUGCCUGUCACUCAAAACAGCAGGUCAUAAAAACUGCCCCAAGUGUCCAGAGAGCACUCUCAAAGUAUUAUGUGCCUUCCUGUACUGCUAAAGGACGCUGUGAUCAUGAAGGGAGGCACAACGAAACCGUCAGCUGCCGCUGCAGCUAAACGCCGCUUUCUCCACCAAGCGUCCAGCUGUUCGAUUCGCACGGCGAGUUGCGCCGUAACGAUUGGGCUGCUGAUCAAACACGUGACAGAAAUAACAAGAACACAGUGGACUGGCUAGGAAGCCAAUGGUGGGAUCAGAGUCUACGAGAGUGGAGGGGGAAGAAAAUGACUUCAACAUCUCGAAGGCGGCCUACCUAAAGAAAAAAUGACUGACUGACUCUUUUAUUUUGUUGCGGUUCUGCUUCAUCAGUUAUCAGCAAUGUUGUGAUGUAUUAACAUAUCAGUGGAAAAGCCUGCAAGUUGUUGAAAUCCAUGUCCGAAGUUCCUUCAUCCCACCCUCAUGGGACGCUGGCCUCUUGUCUCUCGAUGUGUCAGAGUGGGUGUAUAAGAAUAUACUCGGAUCAGAUAUUUACUUCUGACUCGAGGUUUUCCCCAAAAAUUAAAGAUUGAUACAUGAAGACAACUCUGCACUGCAGUUUCAUCCUCGAAAAGUGCAUUUCAGUAAAGUAGAAAUAUCAUUGCGGAGUUAAUUCACGCAAUUUGAUUCAGAAAGUGAAGUCCGUUUUACACUGAUUCAUUACACACAGUGAGACAGUAUAUUACAUAUAUUUAUUUCUGUUCAGUCUGAUGACGGUGGUCAUUAAGCUGUGGAUUGGUACCUCUGGCGGUCUUGGCAGGUGCCAAAUCCUGCAGGAAAAAAGAAAUUUGCAUCUUCAAAAAGCUCUUCAGCAGAAAGAAGCAUGAAGCGCUCUAAAAUCUUUGGGAACACGGCUGCUUGACCCCAAAUGUGGUUGUAAUAAAACACAGUCCUCAUGAUUUCCAAAGUCAUCGCUGACUAUGAACGAAUUUGUGACUCUCCCUGCAUCUUUCAGUUGUAGCAAAUGUCCUGGAUACAUCUAUCUGUGCGCGGUCACUCUUAAAGCUCUGACUCCAGCAACUGUUUUUCUACAGUUUUCCCCCAAACUCUCAAAAGGGCUUUGGGUCAGAAUCCUUACUAAGCUGCAGUUAUCCCUGUUGCUUUUGGAUUUUCUCCUGACACACUUUUUCCUUCCACUCAACUUUACAUUAAUAUAGUUGGAUCCAGCAUAUUGACUCUUAAACGGCAUUUGCUGCAGAAUCCUCUCAAGUCCACAAAUCUCCCUGAUGCUUGUGCAACUUCUAACACAGUUUUUGCUUCCACUCAGCUUUCUAAUAAUAUAAUUUGGAAACAGCGUUGCAUGAACAGCCAGCUUCGUCUGCAAUGACCUUAAUGGUUUACCCAUUUUCUAGAGCGUGUCCAUGACUAUACACUUUAUUUUACCAAAGUUUUUCCUUCUACUCCACUUUCCAAAAAUAUGCCAGGAAAAAACAGUCAAUCAAAAUAAUAUUCUUUAUCAAUUAUUAUUCAUUACAUUUCUGGUUUAUGAAUCCUUUGAUAAGUGAUGUUAUAGACUAUUCAAAUGUUCUGAGAAAGUAAUGUUUGGGUUUCCUUCAGUUUUAAGCCACAAUCAUCUAAAUGAACAAAAUAUAUAUGUAUAUACAUCUGUGUGUAAUGACUCUACACAAAACAUGCUUCACUCAUUGAAUUCAAUCACUGAAAGAAAUUCACUUUUCAAUAAUUUUCUAAUUUAUUAAGAUGACACCCAUAUGAUGCGGCAAGUGCACAGACCUCUUCAGGACUUUACUUUUUUUGUAGCUUUGAAAUGAAAAGAUUUCUAUCCGGACUCAAACAUGCAGCUCUACAAAAGGCUAAGAAUCCACUAUGAAUAUAUAUAUAUAUAUAUAUAUAUAUAUAUGUGUGUGAUUUGUUCAGCAGUGUGUUGGAAUGAGCUCGGCUCACACCUGAGACAUGAGGCUGGCUGUUCUGUGACAGCAGACCAGAGAAGGUUUGAACAAGUGUACCGAGUGUGUUUAUAUUGCCUAGAUGUGUUCUUACCAGUGACGGAAACCAUCAGAGCGACCGGGGUGGAAGAAAAUCUGACCGAGAAAUUCCCGCAUACACAAAAGGACGACGUAGCCAACGGCUUAACUCAACAAAGUUUUUUCUUAAUCUUAAGACUGCACAUUUCAAUCAAACCUUAAACUUAAGACAAUUCAGAGUUUAUUAAAGCACAGUUUAGUUUUUUCCUUUAAACACUGUGGGGGAAACAUUUGCUUGCUCACGUGUGGGAGGGUGUAUGUCUGGGUGUUAUUGUGUGUGUGACAAUUUCCACUGGCCCCCGAAGGCGGGUCACAGGUGUUGUCUCAGUGUUUUGCUUGAUUGGCUGAAGAGAAGGUUAUUUGAAAAAAAAAAAGCACUUUAUUGUUUAAAUAAACGCCAUGUGUGAAUGAUAGAAACAGUGUAACUAAAGAUUUAGGUUAAUGCCUUUUAAUGCUGUUGAUGAUAUGCUAUUCAAAUGCAAUAUAAACUAAAACCGUGAGAACAAAUAAAUGUUUGCCUUGUUUUGAAGAUUUAA